AUGAAUAAUUAUCAUUAUUUAUUCAAGUUCAUUAUUGUGGGAGAAUCAACUGUUGGAAAGAGUUGCUUAUUAUUGCAAUAUACAGAAGGCAGAUUCCGAGUGGGAUAUGAUACUACCAUUGGCGUAGAAUAUGGAUCUAAAGAAUUCAUCUAUGAUGAUAAACUCAUCAAGUUAUAAUUGUGGGAUACGGCAGGCUAAGAGUCCUUUCGUUCUAUAACUAGGGCAUAUUACAGGGGAUCUAUUGGUUGUUUCUUGGUCUAUGAUAUCUCGAGGAGAAUAACAUUCGAUAGAAUUUAAACAUGGGUAAAGGAUGUGUAAUAAGACACCAAUAAUCAAAUUGAAUAUUUUUUGGUAGGCAACAAAUGUGAUUUAAAAGAUCGAAAAGUUAGUUAUGAUGAAGGGAGACAAUUGUCAAUCCAAUUAGGGUGUGAAUUCUAGGAGACUUCAGCCAAAACUGGAGAAAAUGUAGAAUUUAUAUUUGAAACUUUAACUAAGAAAAUUUAUGAGAAUAUUAAAUCAAAUAAGAUUGAUCCUCUUGAUCCCAAUCACGGAAUCAAAAUAGGAAAGAUUCGAGAAAAUGAAAGAGUUACAGAAAUUCCUAACUAAAAAAAAAGAAGUGUUUGUUGUUGA